AUGGGCACCUACGUCGAAGAUUAUUUGGAAAGCAUUUACAUGCUGCCAUCAGAAAUUAAGAGGAACUUUGAACUAAUGCGGGACCUGGAUAAGACAUCGUACCCACUCUUGGAAGACCUGAAAAGUGAACAAAAAGCGUACUUAAUUGAAUCUCGAAAAAAAAUAGUUGCUCGAUGCAAUGACACGACAAGAGGGGAACCUACUGAAGAAGAACUGCAAGAACUUAUUGGUGCUAAAGAACAAGUUGAGAGGUUGAAGAUGAAACAUGAUCUAGUAGUGCAGAAGCUGGACGAGAAAGUUGCAAUUGCAGCUCAGAGUUACGAUAUUAUUGAUCAUCAUAUUCGUCGACUGGACAGAGAGUUGGAGAGUUAUGCAGCAUUACUAAGGGCAAAUGGAGAGUAUCAGGAGGAUAGUAGACCUCAACGCAAAAAGCAAAAGACGUCGGCGGCCACAACAACGGUACAUCAAUUACAUUACACUAGUCAAAGUCCUGCAACACCUCAUGUGACUAGUAUCCGCAGUAAACAGAAUACAAUUGGAGCUGUCACUGCUGGAAUGAAAGACAAAUCGACAAUACCCGUGGUGUCGAAAGCUUCCAGUGCAGGAAGUGCAUUGUCAAGAAAAAAGUCAGUUGCCGAGACUACUGUGGCGAUGCCACAGGUUGCCACUGAUCAGGUGCUUUUGGCCUCGGAGGAUCUGCCCAUUGACCCAAAUGAACCUAUUUAUUGCAGUUGCCGACGUGUGUCAUUUGGACAAAUGGUGGGCUGUGACAAUGACGACUGCAAGUACGAGUGGUUCCACUUUAGCUGCGUGGGGCUCACGGACCAACCGGCGGGCAAAUGGUAUUGUCACGAUUGUAAGACUCAGCUGGGGAUCAAGUAA